GAGAAACCGCAGUGCACGCACAUGUAAUUGGCAAAGAGGAAAAAAAACCCGCUUUGUGAGAUGUUUGCGUGUUUUUAACACGAGUGUGCUUUUGGAGAGCUCAGCAGACGUCUUUGGAAACAGUGGCAAAGUAGAAUCAUGUAAUAUUUAUGGAUCCGGAGUUUGUGCGGGAGCCUUGGGUAAACGAUUGACGCGCGCGUUAAAAACCAGCCCCGCAUGUGAUUUCCAGCUUCAGUCAUUUUGGCAGCACGAUGCGAGGGAGAGACGGACACGGAGCUGUGAAACCGGACCCUCUGCCAGAGAUGUCGACGGAGAGGAAUCCCUGAAAAGAAAAAAAGAAAACAGAAAAACAAACCGCCUGCUGGACCCAGGAAAUAUGGACAAAUCUCGUUUUGUGUGCGAGUGCGGGCUGUUUUUCUGUCGGUGUUUCGCUACAGAGUAAGUGGACCAGGAUGCCGUGUGGGCGAUGCUGCCUGCCACAAGGGAUACAUUGUGAUUUUCGCAGAGAUGUUUUAGCAACCGUUUGCAUAAAUUAAAAUAAGAACAACCCGUCACAUGAGGGAUUGGAGUCUAAUAAGACAUCACCACCUGUUACUAGAAAAUCAGCUCUUGUGUUGAACAGCAGCUCCUUACCUGCAUCUGGGUUGAGUAUCAGAAUGAUACCUUAACCACAUCCUCCUCCUGUUACUGCAGCACCGAUCAGGAGUGAAACCUCACUACGUGAUAGCCUCAUUCUGCUCUUCAGCAUCAGCUCUACUGGGAAUAAUCCUGCAACACCUACAGCCAGCCAGGAGAGGUGACAGCACUGCUUCCCCACCACCCAAGUCUGACAGCCAUGAUUCGGGAAGGCCCUCUGCUACGGCUCAGAUCAGGGAUCAGCACGCUGCUCGAUGGCUAGAUCUUACCGUACAAAGAGCUGGGGGCCUUUCUACUGAGUAUCCCUCACUGCAUAGUAGCACAUGGAUUUCAAGACUUCAAAUGAAGAGACAAAGACUGGGAUUUAUUUGAUGCAAGAAGGUAAUGAGGAGCCGUUUAAUAUUCGACUACACUUGGCCAAAGAUAUUCUGACCAUUCAAGAACAAGAUGUCAUCUGUGUGUCCGGAGAGCCUUUUUAUUCAAGCGAGAGGACUGUAACGAUCAGGAGGCAGACAAUUGGAGGGUUUGGCCUGAGCAUCAAGGGUGGAGCAGAGCAUAAAAUCCCUGUUGUGAUAUCAAAAAUAUCAAAAGAACAAAAAGCUGAACUCUCUGGGCUACUCUUUAUCGGUGACGGCAUCCUUCAGAUAAAUGGAAUAAACGUUAGAAGUUAUCGCCAUGAGGAAGUGGUCCAAGUUUUGAGAAAUGCUGGUGAAGAAGUGACUCUUACUGUAUCUUUCCUAAAGAAGACUCCAGCCUUUCUGAAACUGCCCCUAUGUGAGGACUGCACAUGCAUCCCCAGUGACCAGAGCAGUGGGACUUCCUCUCCUCUGUGUGAUAGCGGCCUACACUUAAACUACCAUCCUAACAACACGGACACUUUGUCCUGCUCGUCCUGGCCCACGUCGCCGGGACUUCGCUGGGAGAAGAGAUGGGUGGACCUGCGCCUUAUUCCACUGCUACACUCACGCCUGUCGCAGUACAUCCCAGGCUCUGACGCCUGCAGGAAAAAUGCUUUCCAGGUUAUAGCUGUGGACGGAGUUUGCAGUGGUGUUAUACAGUUUCCCACAGUAGAAGACUGCUUGGACUGGCUUCAGGCAAUAGCGAGCAACAUUUCCAGCCUCACCAAGCACAAUGUGAAGAAGAUUAACCGAAAUUUUCCAGUCAACCAGCAGAUCAUCUACAUGGGCUGGGUUGACGAGAAGGAGCAGGACUCCGUUCAGGACCGAAUGUAUUCACCAAAGUUCCUCGCUUUGAGGGGUUCCUCACUCUUCAAGUUUUCAGCACCUCCUGUGACAACAUGGGACUGGACCAGAGCAGAGAAAAGCUUUACUGUGUACGAGAUAAUGUGCAAGAUUUUAAAGGAUAAUGACCUUCUGGACAAGAGGAAGCACUGCUUCAGCGUCCAGACAGAGAGCGGGGAGGACAUGUUCUUCAGCGUGGAACUGGAUUGCGAGCUGCUGAUCUGGGAAAAGGCUUUUCAGAUGGCCACUUUUCUGGAAGUGGAGAGGAUACAGUGUAAAACGUAUGCCUGUAUCAUGGAGAGCCACCUCAUGGGACUGACAGUUGACUUCAGCAUGGGCUUUGUGUGCUUUGAUGCGGCCUCAAAGGCCGUACUGUGGAGGUACAAGUUCUCCCAACUGAAAGGAUCAUCCGAUGAUGGAAAAAGCAAGAUCAAGUUUUUGUUCCAAAAUCAAGACUCCAAAUCUAUCGAAGCAAAGGAGCUGGAGUUUUCAAACCUCUUCGCCGUGCUUCAUUGUAUUCAUGCUUUCUUUGCUGCCAAAGUUGCUUGCCUGGACCCGAUGUUUGUGGAGAGCCAAGGCAACGCGACUACCACUGGGUUUCCUUCUCUUUCCAGUAUCUCAUGUAAUUCACAGACACCUAAACUCAAAUACGCCACUUGACAGGCGCUGCUCUCCACAGACACCUAAAAGUAAAAGGAUGCUGCACUUAGUAUGCGACUGUGGCCUAAAACGGUCAAAGAGGAGAACUGAACAAGUAAGUAAGGAGGACAGCUGUAUACAGGGGUGGAAUAAAAGAUCUCUUUGGGAGUGAUAUACUUGACAUACUUGAUUUCUGGGAUUCCUGGAAUAAUUGUGGACCUAAACAUGAACCUCACCUUCCCUAAAAGGACUCCAAAUGGACACAAAACGUGCCAUUUAAAAAUGUUUUUAAGUGAAUUUGUCCUUCUCUUGAUCCUCAGACAUCCUUAUACUCAACAUCAUGAAAGAAAAUGCAGUUCUUUUCCCAACGUAGUCGUCUUUUUUAUGUAAUUUUAUCCAAGUUUUGAAGAUUUGGAUUCUAACAAAUCACAGAUUAGCCUUUUUUUUUGUUCCACAUCAGACGGUACAUCACUUGAAGUUCUGCAAGGAUUUGUCUGGACACAGGAUAUGAUGAUGUAGUAUGAUGACGCUUUCUAUAUUUCAUUUUUAUGAGUGUUCUUGAGAUGAAAACUUUUACCUACACCAAUUAGCAGUAAAAUUUAAUUUCCACUUGAGACAAACUAAAAGCUAAAUGGCAACACCAAUCUGCUCUGAAUCCGAAAGAGGUUCACUGGCAGCAUUGCUGCUCAAUAUGGAUGCUUUUGAUCGGCCUGUGUCCGAAUAUACUGAGUAACCUCAUUUCUUUUCUCUGUAUAUGACAUAUACCCACAGGCUGAGGUCAGAAUAUAUACUUUUUUUUGGAUUUCUUGGAUAGAAAAGCUGUAUGAAAGUGUAGUUUUUAUUGUAUGGAAGAAGAACGACACUUUGAUAAUCAGGUUCACCAUCCACACAAUCUGACAACAUUGCUCUAAACAUGAUUAGGAACACCUUCCAUCAUGCUUCAAUUUUUUUUGAUUAUGUAAAUAAACACUGACGUUCAAAUGAACUCGAAGAAUUAUGAAUUAUGGCGAUUACUUGAGGGAUUACUUGUAGGGAUUAUGGCAUUUAUUAAUUUGAUGUGCACCAGAGAUGACUAGGUCGAUAGCUCAUAACCUCGUGCUCUCUUCAUCAUUUAUCUAUGGACCAAUUUAGAAUAAAAUCAACUAUGGUGUAUUUUUGAAAUAUUCUAUCUUUUUUUUUUUUGGUUUGUUUGAAUUCAGCUUGUAAAUAUAAUAACUUUUCAUUUAUGAUGAGAAAACACACCACGAGGAAACUAGAAAUAUGUAGCGUCAUGGACUCUAAAGGUUCGAGAUGCCCCUUUAAACUUCACUUUGUAUUAAACUGUUUAUAAAUGCAGCAAAGUGACAACUAAACUAUCAUAUUCAAAAAGAGUUCAGGUCAAUUAGUGCAAUUAGUAAUGCUCUUACCUUCCAUUUACAAAGUAGUACCCAAACAGAAGGACCCAUGGGUAAGUAAACUCUAGAGGAUAGUAAAUUAAAUGAGGUCAGUAAAGUGCUCGGUGCUUGUUAAGCUGACAUGAGUGUCUGAUGGAGGCUAAUGGUUGUGCAGUCUAUGCAAAGAAAGUCUGAGUGAUGCUUUUGUGCUUUAAAAUUAUCUUGGUUGCUUACCCUUAUAACACAGGAUCUAGAGAGUGAGGUUUAUUUUAUUUUUUUGCAGAUGUUUUAUUAACAAAUAUGCUGUGUAAUAAAUUAAUAAAUAAGAACUUUUAUAACAUGGCUCACUUGUGGUCAGUUUUAUUUGUCGUGUGUGGUUAUUCCACCCAUUUUACCCAUGUGCGGUGCAUUUUAACACAUGGAAAGUUCAGUUCACGUC